AUGAGACUGGACAUGGCAUCGAACGCAAAGCAAAAGGAGAAGAAGAAGAACAGGUUCACGCGGUACACUACUCACCAUUCUGAAAAGAGACCUACACUGGACAGAAUGUUCGCUUCGACGUCACAAAGAAAUGAUGAUGGUUUGCGGGCGUCUUACAAUAUCUCGUUACUUAUAGCAAAAUCCGGAAAACCGCAUGCUAUCGGAGAGAAGUUAAUUUUGCCAGCCGUUGAAGAGGUUUUAAAAACUGUUUUACACAAACCUGCAUCUGAUAUCAUUAAAAGAAUUCCCUUAAGCAACAAUAUCGUUGAAAGACGUAUUGAUGAAAUGAGUUCUGAUAUUGAAAGCUUCUUAUGUAAUUAUUUGCAAACGACCCAUUUCUCUAUACAACUGGACGAGUCAACUUUACCUGAUAAUGCAGCAUUAUUAUUGGCAUAUGUUCGUUUUAUUGUGAAUCAAGAAAUCUACGAAGAACUGCUCUUCGCAAGAACUUUGAUAACCGAUACUAAAGGUGAAUCAAUAUUUCAUGUUUUGAAGGAUUACUUCAUUGAAAAAGCAAUUCCUUUAUCAAAUAUAAUAUCAGUAGCUACAGAUGGAGCACCUGCCAUGACAAGCGGCCAGGAAGACGACGUUUCAACUUACGUGCAACAUUUAAAUGCCCUCUAUUCAGAUUUUGAAUCUAGGUUUGAGGAUAUUUUGACUAUGGUAAUACCACCGUGGAUAAUUAAUCCAUAUGGUGACGUAGAAGAAACGAAUGUCAUAAUACAAGAGGAACUGACUGAACUAAGUACAAACGAAGAACUUAAGAGAGGCACAGAAGAGAGCAACCAAGGGACGUCAAAUGCAACUGAAGAAGUACUCAGGCGUAGAGCACCUUCCCAAUCAGGAAAACGACGUAGAAGCGAAGAAGACAAUGGUGAGGAAAUGAAAAAACUGAUAGAGAAGGUGACGAAAACCGCCUCUACGUUAAGAGAGCUCAUAAAGACUACUCCAAACACGCAGGGAGAUAUCAAGAAGGAGAUUAUGAGGCUGAACCAGAUAAUGGAGUCACUAAAUCUAAAGAUUGACCAAGAAAGUACCGAGAGAGACCGGAAGGCACCGAGAAAGGAAGAGAGCCCAAAAAGCACAACAAGCGUUGGGGUGCAAGUAAAUUUCGCGGAUGUAAAGGCGGAAAUGGAAGAAAGAGAGUCUAAAGAGAGCAAAGAAAUAAUAGACAUCUUAGAUAAGAGCCAAAACUUUGAACAAUUUGCGAAAUUGCUAGACAGGAAAUGGCCAGAACGAGCUUACAGGGCCGUCAAACAUAUUCAUGGAGCUCCACCAGACAUACCCGUAGAAGAUGUCACAGCAAUAAUCGCGGACGCCAAACCGGCGAAUAUGAAAGGACUACUAAAGGAAAUAAGCGGAAGGCACCCGGAAAUAAGCGAGAUCAUGAAAGGCGGUGUAACAGAAGGCCAGUUAGAGUACUUCGAGAAGACCACAAAGAUAAACUUCAGGAACAAAGACGAAGAGAAAAGCCAACUUGUUUACAUCCUACCUAUCGAUAUAGACAAAAAUGGAGUAAACAACAUGAAGGAGGUACAUAAACUCGUAGAAGAUAGCAAGAGAACGGUGCAGACUCAUGGUCGGAAAAAGAUCACCUUUAUACCGGAUGAUGGGAUAAACAAAUCAUACGUGAGGAAGAUCCUAGAGUACGUGUUUAACAAAGCGGACAUCGAGGUAAAGCUGAUGACAGCCAGAGGAAAAGACCGAGAGCACAGCAGACCCUGGCCAAGUAAAACACAAGCCCAAUCUCAAGCGGUGAUCGUUAAGAAAGGGGGCCGGCAGUACGCCGAUCUCCUAAAGACAGUGAAGCAGAAUAUCGAUUUAGGGAAAAUCGGUGUCAAAGUCAGGAACAUAAGAGAGACCGCAAGAGGAGACCUACUGCUGAACGUGGAAGGGGGUGGUGAGAAGGCAGACUCCCUUAAAAAAGAAAUUGCCGCCCAGCUCAAGGAUGUAGGUGUAUCGCUAGCCAAUAACGAUGCCACUGUACACAUCAGCGAUAUAGACCCUACAGUCACCGAGGAGGAGAUCGAGGAAGCAAUUUACGAGGCAACCCAAGUAGACAGAGCAGCACCAGUGAAGGUGUUGAAUAUGAGGCCCACCAGAGAUGGAAAUAGAAUUGCAACUGUCAGGUUAUCAAAGCAUCUGGCGAAAGUCCUAAGCAACAGAGGCAAGCUGAUGAUAGGCUGGGUGGCAUGCAGAGUCCGUGAGAGAAUAGCUGUAACCAGAUGUUACAGAUGCUUGGAAUUCGGACACACACAAAAUGGAUGCACAGGCAGGGAUAGAUCGGGAGAAUGUCUGAGCUGCGGAAAAAUGGGCCAUAAAGCGAAAGACUGCCAAACGGACCCUUUUUGUUCUUCCUGUCAAGAAGCCGGUCACCGCUCCGACUCAACCAGAUGUCCUAAGUAUAGGAGGAUGGUGGAGGAUAAAGCAAAGAGGAGAGGCAGCUUCCGCAAGUAA